AUGGAGUGGGAAGGGCCGCCCAAGCAAGGCUUGUACGACCCUCAGAACGAGCACGAAGCCUGUGGCGUUGGUUUUGUUGUUGCUAUUGAUGGGAAACGCAGUCAUAAGAUCGUGCGCGAUGCCGAGGUGUUGGCUAAGCGUAUGGAGCACCGCGGCGCGUGCGCCUGCGACAACGACACCGGCGACGGCGCUGGUGUGCUCACCGCCAUCCCCCAUCAGUUCUACUGCGCGCAGCUGAGAGACACGCAUCAGAUCGACCUACCGCCGUUCGGCAAGUACGCCACAGGCAUCUUCUUUCUGGACAAGUCUCAUCAUCAAGACAUAGAGCUGAAGUUCAAGGAGCUUGCAGAAAGUCUCGGACUUCGCAUCCUGUGCUGGAGAACCGUACCCACCAACAACACAACUAUCGGUCAGGUGGCUCGUAAUUCGGAGCCCUAUAUGCGUCAAGUGUUUGUUACCGGCGAUAUCCAAGACGAGGAACAGCUGGCCAGGCAGAUAUUCGUGUUGCGUAAACGUGCAAGUCACGAAAUUGUGGUGCCAGGAGCUAGAUUCUACAUCUGCAGUCUUUCGCUGAAAACUGUAGUCUACAAGGGACUUCUCACUUCUAACCAAUUAUGGGAAUACUUCAAAGAUUUGAGCAACCCAGCGUUCACCACCUAUCUGGCAUUGGUCCAUACUCGAUUUUCCACAAACACCUUCCCAAGUUGGGAAAGAGCGCAUCCUUUAAGAGUGCUUGCCCACAAUGGCGAGAUAAAUACGUUGCGCGGUAACGUCAACUUGAUGAAAGCUCGUGAAGGUGUUAUGAAGAGUGAUAUAUUCGGCGAUGAUCUGAAGAAACUGUACCCGGUGGUGGAGCCGAACCUGUCGGACUCGGGGUCGGCGGACUGCGUGCUGGAGUUCCUGACGGCGUGCGGCAAGCGGUCGCUGCCCGAGGCGGUGAUGACCAUGGUGCCUGAGGCCUGGCACGCGGACAGCACCAUGGCGCGCGCCAAGCGGGACUACUACCGCUGGGCCGCCUGCGCCAUGGAGCCCUGGGACGGGCCCGCGCUCAUCGCCUUCACCGACGGACGCUACAUAGGUGCAAUUUUGGACAGAAACGGCUUGCGGCCCUCUCGCUUCUACGUGACCAGUGAGAACAUACUAGUGAUGGCUUCCGAGGUGGGCGUGUACGAUGUCGCCCCGGAAAAGGUCAUACUGAAGAGUCGAUUGAAACCCGGCCGCAUGUUGCUGGUAGAUACUGAAGACAAGAAGAUUAUCCAAGACGUGGAGCUGAAGAUGCACAUUGCGAACAGCCGUCCGCACUCCGAGUGGCUCAAGGAACAGAUAACGAUGGAGGACAUCCACAAGUCUGUGUCCGUGGAGAACGGUGGCGGAGUUGGUGGACUUCGUGGGCCCGACGCCAUCACCGGACUGUCGGACUGCCGCCUGGCGCUGUUCGGCUACACUAUCGAGACCAUCAACAUACUGUUGCUGCCCAUGAUACAGAACAAGAAAGAAGCUCUUGGCAGCAUGGGUAACGACGCCCCGUUGGCGUGCCUGUCGCAAUUCCAGCCGCUGCCUUACGAGUACUUCAAGCAGUUGUUCGCGCAGGUCACCAACCCGCCUAUUGAUCCUUUCAGGGAGAAAAUAGUGAUGUCCCUGAUGUGUCCCAUCGGACCAGUGGCAAAUAUCCUCGAGCCCAGUGCAGAGUUCGUACACCGAUUGUUUUUACCCCAGCCUAUACUCUCUUUACCUGACUUGGAAGCGCUUAAGAAGACUACGCAUCGUGGAUGGAAGACGCAAGUGAUCGACUGCACGUACCCGUGCUCGGAGGGGCCGCAAGGGCUGGAGCCAGCGCUAAACAACAUCUGUGCAGCGGCGCACGCAGCUGCAGUCAGCGGCUACCAGCUGCUGCUGCUCAGCGACCGCGCCGCCGGCCGCAGCCGCGUGCCCGUCAGCUCGCUGCUCGCGCUCGGUGCUGUACACCAUCACCUGAUCGAAACACGUCAACGCAUGAAAGUGGGAAUUAUCGUCGAAACUGCCGAAGCAAGAGAAGUCCACCACAUGUGUGUUCUGCUUAGUUACGGCGCGGAUGCAAUUUGCCCGUACGUAGCUUUUGAGCUGGCGUUCGCUUUGCGUAAUGAUAACAUUAUCGACCCCACCCUUACCGACGAGGAUAUAUACAGCGCCUACCAAAAGUCUAUCGAGACCGGUAUAUCAAAGGUAAUGGCCAAAAUGGGUAUCAGCAUGCUGCAGUCAUACAAAAGUGCUCAGAUAUUCGAAGCCGUAGGUCUCAACGAGGAAGUUAUUGAGAAAUGCUUCAAAGGAACUCAAUCGAGAAUCGGUGGCGUCACAUUUGAGAUUCUAUCAAAGGAGACAUUCGACAGACAUGCACUUACCUAUGAAGCCUUCACAGAUACUCUUGUUUUGAGGAACCCGGGGCACUACCACUGGCGCGCGGGCGGCGAGAAGCACAUCAACGAGCCCACCUCCAUCGCCAACCUGCAGGAGGCCGCCGUCGCCAACAGCAAGUCCGCAUACGACCGCUACAGAGAGAGCGCGCUAGAGUCAAUUCGGGCUUGCACACUGCGUGGGCAACUCGAGCUUGUUAAGUUGGACGAGCCAAUCCCCAUUGAUGAAGUGGAGCCUGCCUCUGAGAUUGUGAAAAGAUUUGCCACAGGUGCCAUGUCGUUCGGAUCGAUCUCCUUGGAAGCUCACACAACGCUGGCUAUUGCUAUGAACCGAGUGGGCGGCAAGUCUAACACCGGCGAGGGCGGCGAGAAUGCAGACAGAUAUCUCAAUCAGGAUCCGGAGUUCAGCAAGCGGUCGGCCAUCAAGCAGGUGGCGUCGGGGCGCUUCGGCGUGACAGCGUCGUACCUGGCGCACGCCGACGACCUGCAGAUCAAGAUGGCGCAGGGCGCCAAGCCCGGCGAGGGCGGCGAGCUGCCCGGUUACAAAGUGACAGAAGAUAUCGCAAAGACACGUUGUUCAGUCCCGGGCGUGGGGUUAAUUUCCCCACCUCCCCACCACGAUAUUUACUCAAUUGAGGACUUGGCUGAAUUGAUAUAUGACCUCAAGUGCGCCAACCCUAAAGCUAGAAUCUCGGUAAAAUUAGUGUCAGAAGUUGGGGUCGGCGUUGUUGCUUCUGGAGUUGCGAAGGGCAAGGCUGAGCACAUCGUGAUCUCCGGCCACGACGGCGGGACUGGUGCAAGUUCGUGGACUGGUAUUAAGAGUGCAGGUCUUCCCUGGGAGCUGGGCGUGGCCGAGACGCACCAAGUGCUUGUGCUUAACGAUCUGCGCUCCAGGGUGGUAGUGCAAGCGGACGGGCAGAUCCGCACUGGUUUCGACGUGAUGGUGGCUGCAUUGUUGGGCGCCGAUGAGUUUGGAUUUAGUACGGCGCCACUUAUUGUGCUUGGUUGUACCAUGAUGAGGAAAUGUCACCUGAACACGUGCCCAGUGGGCAUCGCCACACAGGACCCGGUGCUGCGCAAGAAGUUCGCCGGCAAGCCUGAACACGUCAUCAACUAUCUGUUCAUGCUGGCUGAAGAAGUGCGUCAACACAUGGCUGAAGUGGGCGUCCGUAAAUUCCAAGACCUCAUCGGUCGCACAGAUCUGCUGAAGGUCCGUGAGAACAACGAAAACCCCAAGGCUAGGUUGCUGAAUCUGAGUCUCAUAUUAAAGAACGCCCUGCACAUGAGACCUGGAGUCAACAUUAUAGCAGGUUCCAAGACACAGGACUUCCAACUAGAGAAACGGCUCGACAACCAACUGAUCGAGCAGUGUGCUGGCAUCCUGGAUGGCACUCAGAAGCACCUAAAUAUCAGCAUGAAGAUCAAUAACGAGGAUCGCGCAUUCACUUCUACACUCUCCUAUCACAUUGCUAUGAAAUACGGUGACGAGGGUCUUCCAGAAGGAACGAGCAUCGAUAUUUCGCUGGAGGGCUCCGCUGGGCAGAGUUUCUGCGCAUUCCUCUCCAAGGGAGUGAAGGUUACGCUCGAGGGAGACGCCAACGACUAUGUUGGCAAGGGUCUGUCGGGCGGCACGGUGGUGAUCUUCCCGCCGAAGUCGUCUCCGUUCGAGUCGCACUUGAACGUGAUCGUGGGCAACGUGUGCCUGUACGGCGCCACGGCCGGCCGCGCCUACUUCCGGGGCAUAGCGUCGGAGCGGUUCUGCGUGCGCAACUCGGGGGUGACGGCGGUGGUGGAGGGCGUGGGCGACCACGGCUGCGAGUACAUGACGGCCGGCACCGUGCUCGUGCUCGGACUCACCGGCAGGAACUUCGCCGCCGGCAUGAGCGGUGGCAUUGCAUACGUGUAUGAUGUCGACGGAUCCUUCAAGGACAAAUGCAAUCCUGAAAUGGUCGAGCUGCUGCCAUUAGAGAAGGAAGAUGAUCUAAAUGUAGUGAAACAACUUUUAGAAGAGUUCGUAGAGUAUACUGGGUCGAUUAUCGCUAAAGAUCUUCUUCAAACUUGGCCAGAGCCUGCCAAAAUGUUCAUCAAAGUAUUCCCCUAUGAGUACCAACGAGCCCUCAAACAGUUGGCUCUGAAGAAACACACGCCCAAGGCUGAAGUUAAUGGAAAAGAGGAGAACGGAUUGAUUGAUAUAGAGGAAGCUGUUAGGGAUAUAGAAUUGGAAAAGAAGAAUUUGGAGAAGGUGCUUGAUAAGACUAGGGGCUUCAUAAAGUACCCGCGGGAAACAUCGUUGUACCGUCCGGCGGAGAAGCGGCUCAUGGACUGGGACGAGAUCUACAACUUCGGGCACGUGCGGCGCGGCCUGCGCGUGCAGGCGGCGCGCUGCAUGGAGUGCGGCGUGCCGUUCUGCCAGAGCGGCCACGGCUGCCCGCUCGGCAACAUCAUCCCCAAGUGGAACGACCUGGUGUACCGCGCCGACUGGCACCAGGCGCUCAAGCACCUCCUGCAGACCAACAACUUCCCCGAGUUCACGGGGCGCGUGUGCCCGGCGCCGUGCGAGGGCGCGUGCGUGCUGGGCAUCUCCGAGCCGCCCGUCACCAUCAAGAACAUCGAGUGCGCCAUCAUCGACCGCGCCUUCGAGGUCGGCCUCGUGCGCCCGCAGAUUCCGGAUCACCGUAACGGCAAAACCGUGGCUGUAGUGGGGUCCGGACCUGCAGGCUUAGCUUGCGCGCAUCAACUCAAUAAGGCCGGCUACUUGGUGACAGUGUUCGAGCGCAACGACCGGGCGGGCGGGCUGCUGCAGUACGGAAUCCCUAGCAUGAAGCUCAGCAAGGAGGUCGUUAACCGCAGGUUACAGCUGCUGGCCGACGAGGGUAUCUCAUUCAAGUGCAACGUCGACGUUGGCAAGGACAUAUCAGCUAGAGAUCUGGCUAACGAGUACGACGCGGUGGUGCUGUGCACGGGCGCGACGUGGCCGCGCGACCUGCCGCUGAAGGGGCGCGAGCUGAACGGCAUCCACUUCGCCAUGGAGUUCCUGGAGGGCUGGCAACGUCGCCAGGCCGGCGCCGCGCCCGCGCGCCCCCGCGCCGCGCCCGGCGCCGCGCCCAGCGCCAAGGACAAGCACGUGCUCGUCAUCGGCGGCGGCGACACCGGGUGCGACUGCAUCGCGACGUCGCUGCGGCAGGGCGCGCGCUCCAUCACGACGUUCGAGAUCCUGCCCGAGCCCAAGCGCAGCCGCGGCCCCGACAACCCCUGGCCGCAGUGGCCGCGCGUCUUCCGAGUGGACUAUGGACACGAGGAAGUAAAAGUGAAGUUCGGAAACGACCCUAGGCAGUUUUCGACGCUCACCAAAGAGUUCAUUGAUGAUGGCGAGGGCAACGUGUGCGGCGUGUCGUGCGUGGAGGUGGAGUGGACGCGCGGUGCGGGCGGGCGCUGGGACAUGCGCGAGGUGGCCGGCACGCAGCGCCACGUGCGCGCAGACCUCGUGCUGCUCGCCAUGGGCUUCCUCGGCCCCGAGCGAUACGUCGCCAACCAGCUCGAUCUUCCGUUGGACGCUCGCAGCAAUUACGAGACUGAAAAAUCCAACAUUUACAAGACUCCCGUUGAUAACAUAUUUGCCGCUGGAGAUUGUCGGCGCGGCCAGUCCCUCGUAGUGUGGGCGAUAUCAGAGGGAAGACAAGCAGCUCGUGCCGUCGACAUCUAUCUCUCGGGCAAGUCUACCCUUCCCGGUCCAGGCGGUGUCGUCUACGCUUGA